ACACGAUGAAUAACAAACCUGGGAAAAAGCAAAGCAACACAACCAAGAGGACUAAACAGUCCAACACUAAUGGGGUUACUUUCAACUCCAUCCGAAUAAAAAAAGAACCAGGAGACUUUGAACGGAAGGAAAUUGGUGACCAUUCCAAACGUCCUUUGCUGGAGCAGCAAAAGCACGUCAAGCAACAUCAAACUACGUCCGACCAAGCGACCCGGUAUAACAAGAUAUCGAGGAGUCCUGUGGUGAUACUAACAAAAUUGUCCAACGUGGUGCUUAAGACUCUUCUGAGAGAAACUAAAGUGCGUUUGGUGAAGGAGGAGACGGAUGCCAGGAGAGAAGAAGACAACAAUGAAGUCUCUUCUCCGCAGUUCUUUCCUUGUCCGCACUGCACCAUCUCCUUCACUGACUGUUACUUCCUGGAGAACCACAUCAAGACCAAACACCAGAAGCAGUACCUGGCCAUGUUGAAAAGCCACGUCUCAAAGAGUAAAACGGUGUACGCCCCCACACACAGCUGUCCCCAGUGUAGCUGCAUGUUCCAUACCCCACGACAGCUACACAUCCACACCCGCCAGGCCCACCCCUCUGCCCUUCCCCAGAAACCUGCCCGUCCCCCCAGGGUUCCGGGGAAACUCCACCCCUGCCCGCAGUGUGCCCGUAGAUUCCCGUACUUGGGAACCCUGCUGAAGCACUGCAAGAAUUUGCACAAAAUGGCUGUUUUUCGCACCGAUGGUCACAUCAGUUGUGCUGACUGUGGGAAGAGCUUUGAGAAUUGCUGGGGACUAGGGCCACACCGGUGUCAAGAACCAGAGGGCACUAAACCUAAGGACACUAAGACUGUGGUCUGUCUGGAAGUCGGCUUCCAUUGCUCAGAGUGUGGGAAGAUCCUCAGUACUCCUACGAGCCUGGACACUCACAUGCGCAUCCACACUGGAGAAAAGCCAUACGAAUGUAAGGAGUGCGGCAAGCGCUUCUCAGAGAACAGCGGUUACCGUUAUCACUCGUUAAUACACUCGGGGCUCAAGCCGUUCAAAUGCCAGGACUGCGGGAAGACUUUCAAACGGAAGUCGCUCCUCUGGACUCACCUGUCGGUUCACACUGGUGAGCGGAAGUUCUCCUGCACCCAAUGCGAUAAGAGGUAUGCAAGCAGGGCCCAUCUGAAGCUUCACCUGCGAACACACUCGGGGGAGAGACCUUUCAAAUGCACCGUUUGUGGUAAAGACUUUGCUGACAAAGCUUAUCUGAAAACACACCUGAAGAUCCACAGCAACGAGAAGAACUACCACUGUGGGGUUUGUGGGCGGGCGUUCUUGAGGCUGGGGUUGUUGAAGUUACACAUGCGCUCACAUACCGGGGAGAGGCCCUACCACUGCACAGUGUGCGACAAGAAGUUUUUUCGACUCUCACACCUGAAGAACCAUCAUCUGACUCACACGGGUGAGAAACCAUACACCUGUACCGAGUGCAGUAAAAGCUUCACUCAGUCUGGGGAUCUGUCCAAGCACAAGCUCCUACACACUGGGGAGAAGCCAUUUGAAUGCCCUGAAUGCCCCAGCCGGUUUAACCGUUCUGGUUCUCUGACAAGUCACAUGAGGACCCACACUCACCGUGAUAUAAAGCCAUACUCCUGCCAAGAAUGUGGGAAGAGCUUUUAUGAACGGAGUCACGUCAAAGUCCACAUGAAGACCCACACAGGGGAGAGACCGUAUCCCUGCCCCCACUGCCUUUUCAGCUUCACUCGGAAAGCACACCUCUCCAAACACCUGCCUAGAUGUCGUAAAUGAUCAUGGUUGGCAUUUUUUAUGACACCUUUUUAUUAUGAAAUUCAUUGUAUUCAUAGGAAUCACUUUUAGAUUAAUCCACCACAGUGAAACAAUAGCGUUACAUAGUCAUGGAAUACAUUGAAACAUUAUUAUACUGAGCAAAAAUAUAAACGCAACAUGUACAGGGUUGGUCCCAUGUUUCAUGGGCUGAAAUAAAAGAUCCCAGAAAUGUUCCAUAUGUACAAAAGGCUUAUUGCUCACAAAUGUUGUGCCAAAUUUGUUUAUAUCCCUGUUAGUGAGCAUUUUUUCUUUGCCAGGAUAAUCUAUCCACCUGACAGGUGUGGCAUAUCAAAAAGCUAAUUAAACAGCAUGACCAUUACACAGGUGCACCUUGUGCUGGGGACAAAAGGCCCCUCAAAAAUAUGCAGUUUUGUCACGACACACAAUGCUAGAGAUGUCUCUAGUUUUAAGGGAGCGUGCAAUUGACUUGCUGACUGCAGGAAUGUCCACCAGAGCUGUUGCCAGAAAAAUGCUAUGUUAGUUUCUCUACCAUAAGCCACCUCAAGUCGUUUUAGAGAAUUUGACAGUACAUCCUACCAGCCUCACAACCGCAGACCAUGUGUAUGGCAUUGUGUGGGCAAGCUUGUUUGCUGAUGUCAAUGUUGUGAACAAAAUGCCCAGUGGUGGUGGGGUUACGGUAUGGGUAGGCAUAAGCUAUGGACAACCAACACAAUUGCAUUUUAUCGUUGGCAAUUUGAAUGCACAGAGAUAUUGUGACUUGAUCCUGAGGCCCAUUGUCCUGCCAUUCAUCCACCGCCAUCACCUCGUGUUUCAGAAUGAUAAUGUACGGCCCCAUGUCGCAAAGAUCUGUACACAAUUCCUGGAAGCUGAAAAUGUCCCAGUUCUUCCAUGGCCUUCAUACUCACCAGACAUGUCACCCAUUGAGCAUGUUUGGGAUGCUCUGGAUCAACGUGUAUGACGGCGUGUUUCAGUUCCCACCAAUACCCAGCAACAUCGCACAGCCAUUGAAGAGGAGUGGGACAACAUUACACAGGCCACAAUCAACAGCCUGAUCAACUCUAUGUGAAGGAGAUGUCACUCUGCAUGAGGCAAAUAGUGGUCACACCAGAUACGGACUUGUUUUAUGAUCCACACCCAUACUUUUUUGUUUAAGGUAUCUGUGACCAACAUAUGCAUAUCUGUAUUCCCAGUCAUGUGAAAUCCAUCGAUUAGGGCCUAAUGAAUUUAUUUUAAUUUACUGAUUUCCUUUAUAUGAACUCUAACUCAGUAAAUCUUAGAAAUUGUUGCGUUUUAUAUUUUGCUUCAGUAUAGUAGAUCAUAGUUACAUUGUUUUGUUAAUGAACACCCUUUUUAGUACUUUUGUCAUUUUCAUUUCAUUUCAAAUAAUAUUACUGUAUGCUGACUCAUGGUGACAAAGCCUAAGAAAGAGAAACAAAAGUUAUCAGUCAGCGAAUUGAUCAGUCUGCCGUCUGAAUGGUCUGAAUUGUAUGGCUCAAAUCUUGAUUGUGUACACUAAUACAAAAUUAUUCAUUCAGUUAUCCUCCCCCCAAUGUGACCCAAUGGUUAGGCAUUGUUAAAGAAAUACACUAAUUGGAACUGUUUCCAUCUGAACAAGGGGAGGCAUAGCAAAUACAGUGCAUUCGGAAAGUAUUCAGACCCCUUGACUUUUUCCACAUUUUGUUACAUUACAGCCUUAUUCUAAAAUUGAUUAAAUCAUUUCCCCCCUCAAUCUACACACAAUAUCCCAUAAUGGCAAAGCAAAAAAUAUAUAAUUUUUGCAAAAACAAAAAUUA